AUGCCAUUGGACGAACUCAUGCAGUACGAAGAUUUCGACAACUUCACAUACUACUUUGAGAGUUAUGAAGAAGAGGAGCCACCUCAGUCCUCUCUCAGCAACGCACACAUUGCUUCUCUCGUGCUACACAGUUUAGCUUUUCUCCUGGGAGUGCCUGGCAAUGCAAUCGUCAUCUGGAUCGUGGGCUUUAAAUGGGAUAAGAUGGUCACUUCCCUCUGGUUCCUCAACCUUGCCAUUGCGGACUUGAUCUUUGUCCUUUUCCUGCCUCUCUACAUCACCUACGUGGCCAUGGGCUUCCACUGGCCAUUCGGGAAAUGGCUGUGCAAAGCGAACUCCUUCGUUGCCUUGCUCAACAUGUUUGCCAGCGUCUUCUUCCUUACAGCCAUCAGCCUCGACCGCUACGUUCAUCUGAUCCGCCCCGUCUGCGCCUACAAAUAUCGAACGGUCAGAAACACUUGUAUCUUGAUCACCAUCGUUUGGACAUUGGCAGCCAUCAUUGGAAGCCCAGCCUUGUAUUUUCGAGAUACGCUGACCCUGCCUGACAAUUUCACCAUUUGCUACAAUAACUUUCACUCGAACGACUCCAGUCACGCUGUCCUGACACACCACAUUCUCACCUGGGUGAGGUUCUUACUCGGCUAUCUCUUCCCUCUCCUCACCAUGAUAACUUGUUACUCCCUUCUAUUCGUUCACGUGAAGAAGAGCACUGUCUUGACUUCCAGCAGGCUUUUCUGGACUGUCCUGGCCGUUGUGGUUGCCUUCUUCGUUUGCUGGACCCCGUACCAUAUCUUUAGCAUCAUUGAGCUAACCAUUCACCAUAACAAUUACUUCCACGCCUUGCUUCGGGAUGCCAUUCCUCUGACCGUCGGCUUUGCUUUCAUCAAUAGCUGCCUUAACCCGAUCCUUUACGUCCUUCUCAGCAAGAAGCUCCCAUCCUGCUUUCGGGUGACAUUUUCAGAAUUAGUGAAAUACACGCUGUGGGAGGUCAGCCGGUCGGGGACGGUCAGCGAACAAGUCUGGAACUCUGUGAAUCUGCAGCAGUACGAAACCCCUGGGGUGAAAAAUCCUCCCAGUGACUCGGUUAUCAUACCUUUUGUGGGGAUCCCACACACUGUCACCAAUAUAUGUGAGGGGAUCCCUUUCAGAUCUCCGUGUUGA